AUGUUGGCUUCUAGAAUUAUUCAGCAUAGUACCAGUCCUUUUUCUUCUCCAGCUUUAUUAAUUAAGAAGAAGGAUGGUACUUGGAGACUAUGCAUUGAUUACAGACAACUUAAUGAGAUUACUGUAAAGAGAAAAUAUCCAUUGCCAGUGAUAGAUGAAUUGUUGGAUGAACUAUCGGGUGCUCAAUAUUUUUCCAAGUUGGACUUAAGGGCAGGUUAUCAUCAAAUAAGGUUGGUCAAGGGUGAAGAACCUAAAACUGCUUUUCAGACACAUUUUGGUCAGUUUGAGUAUAAAGUGAUGUCGUUUGGUUUAACUGGAGCUCCAGCUACAUUUCAGGAAGCCAUGAAUGAAACUUUGUCUCCAGUUCUGAGAAAGUGUGCCUUGGUAUUCUUUGAUGAUAUUUUAAUCUAUAGCUCUGACUUAUCUAGUCAUGCUAAACAUCUUAAGCAAGUUUUACAAUUGCUGGCUGAACAACAUUGGAAGGUUAAGUUGUCUAAAUGCUCUUUUGCCCAACAACAGUUAUCUUACUUGGGGUAUAUCAUUGGCGUACAUGGAGUUUCCACUGAUCCUGAGAAGGUGAAAGCUGUUGUGGAAUGGCCAGUUCCAAAGAAUAUUAAGCAGUUGAGAGGUUUCCUUGGACUUGCUGGUUAUUACCGAAAGUUUGUCAAGAACUUUGGUGUCAUUAGCAAGCCUCUCACUAAUCUGUUAAGGAAGGGAGAAAGUUUUGAUUGGAAUAAGGCUGUUGAUCAUGCUUUUUCAACAUUGAAAACUGCAUUAGUGACAGCUCCAGUACUUGCUCUUCCGGACUUCUCUAAAAGAUUCUGUAUUGAAACUGAUGCAAGUGAAGUUGGAAUUGGAGCUGUGUUGUUGCAAGAUCAUCAUCCUAUUGCUUUUGUUAGUCGGUCAUUGGGGCCUAGAACUAAGGGACUCUCAACCUAUGAAAAAGAAUUCUGCAAUCCUACUUGGUUGUCUGAAGUGGUUCAGGGGUAUUCUGAUGACCUUCAAGCUAGUAAAUUGUUGUCAGCUUUAGCUGUGAAUUCAUCUGCAGUACCCAAUUUCAGUUUACAGAAUGGGUUGUUGAAAUAUAAAGGAAGAAUUUGGUUGGGUAACAAUUCUAAACUGCAGACUAAGGUUGUGGUUGUUUUACAUGACAGUCCAACUGGAGGACAUUCAGGUUUCCCUGUUACUUACCGGAGAAUAAAAGGAUUAUUUGCUUGGCCAGCUAUGAAACAUCAAAUUAAAGCUCAGUUGAGUGAAUGCAGUAUCUGUCAACAGGCUAAACCAGAUCGGGCUAAAUAUCCUGGUUUAUUGCAGCCUAUUCCAGUUCCUGCUGGGGCAUGGCAAACUAUUUCUCUGGAUUUUAUUGAAGGUUUGCCAGUGUCUAAACGUUUUAACUGUAUUCUGGUGGUGGUGGACAAGUUUUCCAAGUAUGCCCAUUUCAUUCCUUUAUCUCAUCCUUUCAGUGCUUCAGAUGUGGCCCAAGCUUACAUGCACAAUGUUUUCAAGCUGCAUGGUCUUCCUUUGGCUAUCAUUUCAGACCGUGAUAAAAUUUUUACCAGUAAGUUUUGGCAACAAUUGUUUGCUCUGGCUGGUACUUCUCUUAAUCUGGCUACAGCAUAUCAUCCACAGUCGGAUGGACAAACAGAGCGUGUUAAUCAAUGCUUGGAGACUUAUUUACGCUGCUUUAUCCAUGCUUGUCCUUCUAAAUGGGUUUUAUGGCUGUACUUGGCUGAAUAUUGGUACAAUACCAGUUAUCAUUCUGCUCUGGAUAAAGCUCCUUUUGAGGUUCUCUAUGGUCAUACUCCAACACAGUUAGGUAUUACAGAUGGCUCUUGUGAUAUACCUGACCUUAAAGAGUGGCUGCAUGAAAGGAAGGUAAUGAUUCAGCUGCUGAAACAACAUCUGAACCGAGCCCAACAGCUGAUGAAGUUACAAGCUGAUAAGAAACGUUCUUUUCGGGAAUUUCAAGUGGGUGAUCAAGUUUUCUUAAAGUUACAACCUUAUGUGCAGUCUUCUGUUGCACCCAGAGCUAAUCACAAGCUCUCUUGUAAGUACUUUGGCCCUUUUCCAGUAUUGCAACGGAUUGGUUUGGUGGCAUAUAAAUUGCAACUGCCGACUCACUGUUCUAUUCACCCAGUUUUUCAUGUGUCUCAGUUAAAGGCAGCUCCUGGAUUCCAGAAGGUGGUCUCUAGUACUAUUCCUGCUGAUUUGGAGGUUCGGCGUAUUCCAGUGGCUAUCUUGGAUACCCGAGUUCGCAAGUCUAGCAAUUCUGCUAUUUCUCAAGUCCUUGUCCAGUGGUCUCAGGAGUCGGCGGCGGAAGCAACUUGGGAGGAUUUUCAUGAUCUUCGUACUCGUUUUCCACGAGCAUUGGCUUGGGGGCAAGCCCAAUUUCAAGGGGAGGCGAUUGUUAAGGCAUCGGCGGCGGAAGAACAACUGGGCGAUCACCUGGAGAAGGAGGAACAGGUGGCGGGAAACCAGAAGAGGGCACGUCGGCCAAACGUUCGUAUCUGUGGGCCGGAAUGGGCCGUGUAA